AUAUUCCUGGUCGCACCGUUCUCCGACUUGUCGGGAGUUCGGAGGCCAACAGAAUAAGGGGAAAAGGCCAAGAUGCAGCACUUAACUUUAUUGACUUUGGCGCUCACCUUGAUUGCAACGAUUUGUUUUGCAAAGUCACCCUAUCAAUCAGUUCUUCAGCACAGCAGGAUAAGAGGUAGACAGCAUGGACCCAAUGUGUGCGCGAUGCAAAAGAUACAGGGGACCGACAAGAAAUAUUUCACCAACUGCAAGCAAUGGUACCAUCGCAAGAUCUGCGGCAAGCCAACGGUGAUCAGCUAUGAGUGUUGCCCCGGUUAUGAGAAGCUUCCAGGAGAGAAGGGUUGUCCUGCUGCCCUGCCGUUAGUGAACAUCUACAACACGCUGGGUGUGGUUGGAGCCGCCACCACUAAGAUGUACUCAGAGAGGGCUCAGCUGAGGGAAGAGAUCGAGGGACCAGGAAGCUUCACCUUUUUCGCUCCCAGCAACCAGGCCUGGGCGGCCCUACCCAAUGAAAUCCUGGACGCUCUGGUGAGCAACGUGAAUAUUGAGCUGCUCAACGCACUCCACUACCACAUGGUGAACCGRCGUUUGACCUCUGAGGACCUGAAGCAUGGAUCUGCCUUCCCCUCCAUGUACCAAGACUUCAACGUUCACAUCCACCACUACCCCAACGGAAUUGUAACAGUGAACUGCGCUCGUCUGGUGAAAACAGACCAGCAUGCGACCAACGGCAUCGUGCACGUCGUGGACAGAGUCAUCACCGCGGUUACCAACGACGUGCACACUUUCAUCGACACCGAUGAUGAUCUGGAGACUCUUCGUACUGCUGUUGCUGCUGCUGGUCUGACCCAAAUGCUGGAGAGCGAUGGUCACUACACGGUGUUCGCUCCAACCAACGAAGCCUUCGAGAAGAUCCCCCCUGAAAUGCUCAACAGGAUCCUGGGAGACCCCGUGGCUCUGAAAGACCUGCUGAACUACCACAUCCUGAAGAACAUGCAGUGUGCAGAGUCCAUCACAUCUGGCACUCCUCUGGAGACCCUACAGGGGACUGUGUUAGAGGUGGGCUGUGAUGGGGCUGACAUGACCCUCAACGGGAAGGCCAUCAUCCAGAAGAAAGAUCAGCUGGGGACCAACGGAGUCAUCCACUACAUUAACGAGCUCCUCAUCCCAGACUCAGCUAAGACUUUGUUGGAGCUGGCCCAGGGAUCCGCCGUUACCACAGCGACCAAGCUGUUUGUUGAUGCUGAUCUUGGCUCCCACCUUUCUGGCUCAGAGGCUCUGACCAUCCUGACCCCUCAGAAUGAAGCUUUCAAAGAGGGUGUGACAAUGACCGGUGACCUGAAGAAGCUGUUGAAGAACCACAUCCUGAAGGAGCAGCUGUCUUCCGGGUCACUGUACUACGGACAAGAGCUAGAGACUCUGGGAGGAACCAAACUCCGAGUGUUCGUCUACCGUAACAGCCUGUGCAUAGAGAACUCCUGUAUCGUUGCCCACGACAAGAUCGGCCGUUUCGGUAGCAUGUUCACAGUCGACAAGGUCCUGACUCCCCCAAUGGGCACCAUCAUGGAUGUCCUGAAGGCUGAUAACCGAUUCAGUCUGUUGGUCGGUGCCAUCCAGACGGCUGGCUUGACAGAGCUGAUGAACCAGGCCGGUCCUCAUACCGUGUUCGCUCCCACCAACGAUGCUUUCAGCGCCUUGCCAAAGGCUGACCUCAACAAACUCAUGAGCAACCCCAAGGAGCUGGCCAGUGUGUUGAAGUACCACAUGGCUAAGGAGAUUCUGGUCAGUGGAGGAGUGGGCUCCCAUACCAGACUGAAGCCUCUGCAGGGAGACAAGCUGGAGCUGAACAUGUGGAGAAAAGAGAAGAACCAGACCGUGUACAUCAACAAGGUCCCAGUGGUUGAAGCCGACUUGAUGGCCACCAAUGGAGUUGUCCACGCUGUGGGAGCCAUCAUAAAGCCACUGCCUCCUAAGGUUGACAGGGAACAGGCUGAUGACCCCAUCAGGACUGCCUCUUCCAUGAGAACGGACUCAAGAAUCGGAGUCAAAAAUGAUGAUCUCUUCCAGAAGGUCAGGAAAAGUCUCUCCAGCAGGACGAUGACUCGCGUCCAGUAAAACAAAUUUAAGAGGAGAAAAAAAACAUAAUUGCCUACAGUACAUCAACACAAAAUCAGGGGAUUGUUCCUUUUGUUUAUGGAAUAUAUUCUUAUCUGGAACUCUACAAGGGAGUCUUAUCGAUCUAAUUUUGUCAAAGAUUAUCAAUAAUAACGAAGCAUUAGAUGAAGACAGAGAUGGGAUAUCGCUUAGUGGAAUAUGUUAUAUAAUUGUUUUCAUAUACCAAAAACCAAAGAUUUGAAUUGAAUAGAAUUACUUGUCUGUUUUCUUUAAUGUGAAAAUGGUUAACCAGAAAAACAGCAACUAGCUAUGACUACAUAUACUGUAUUUUGAUCAAAGUGUUUUGAAUGUUCACACGUGACUUCUGUUUUUAAAUGUAAACGCAGAGCAGAUUUUUUGGGGGGAGAAAUGUAUACUGUAUUUUGUUUGGAUAUGAUAGAUGUAGCAUGUUUCGCAUGUUUAGGCUGGAACGGAAAAGCUAUUCGUGUACACGCAAAUUAAGGUUGAAGUCAUGGCCUCUUGAGUUCUCAUUCUCUUUCACUUUUGUUGUUGUCAUUAAACCUGUUGAAAACAAUAAUGCACCCACAGUCAAGUCACAUGCUUUCCAUGUGUAACAUACUGUAGCAAUAUAUUUUUUGUGUGGAAACCAAAGAGCAAUGGUCGCACAUUUCAAAAAUAAAAUGUUCAUUUUGUAGACCCAGAA